AUGUCGAAACCACACGCACUCGUCGUAGGCGCCUCUAUCGCAGGUCCGAUGACAGCGUACUGGCUCGCUCGUGCCGGUUUCCGAAUUACUAUAAUAGAGCGCUUUCCCACCCUCCGUCCAGGCGGCCAGAACAUCGACAUAAGAACCUCAGGCGUAACGGUAAUGCGCAAGAUCCCCGGCAUGGAGCCAUCGGUACGCGCCAAAACAACGACUCAAGAUGCGAUUCAAUUUGUCAACGCCAAAGGAAAGCCAUAUGCGACUAUGAAGCCCACAGGUGAUCCCAGCCAACAGAAUCUCCUAUCAGAGUACGAAAUCUUCCGCGACGACUUGAGCGGAAUAAUGUACGACCUCACGAAGGACAAUCCAAACGUGCACUACGUCUUUGGCGAGCAAGUGUCGGCAAUUCAGCAGAAAGAUAAGGGAAAAGUGAGCGUGGAGUUUCAGGAGGGAAAGCUGCCCAGCGGGGAAUAUGACCUCGUGGUCGCGUGUGACGGCGCUACAUCGCGGACGCGAGCCCUAGGUCUUGAUUCGACUGUCCGCACGCACAUGCAUCCGAUGAACAUGUGGGCCGCAUACGCACCUGUGCCGACCGACUAUCUUGCUGGUAGCAAAACUGGCACGAUGUACACCGCGCUUGGUGGGAGGGCUAUGGGCUUAGGUCCUGAUCCAGCGGGUGGAAACCGCGUGUGCGCGCUCGCCGUCCUGCCGCAAAACGAGGCUGAUGCCACGCUGGGUUUUCGCACAGCGCAGAAAGAAGGCGACGAGGCCCUCCGGAAGCAUGUUCGCCAGCACUUCGCGGGCACGGGGUGGAAAACUGCGGAAGUCAUAGAGGCCAUGACUGCCUCACCUGACUUCUACGCCUCGGAAUGGGCGCAGGUCAAGCUCCCCUCCCUCUCCCACGGUCGCUUCACCCUCGUCGGCGACGCUGGGUACGCAGCAGGCCCAACAGGCGGCGGCACCACGCUCGCCAUGACGGGCGGCUACGUGCUCGCUGGUGAGUUGCUGCGGCACGCGGGAGAUAUCGAUGCCGGCCUACGAGCCUACGAAGAGCGCAUGCGGCCUAUCAUCGAUGACAUGCAGAAGAUCCCACCAGGCAUUCCAACGGCAAUCGCGCCACAGACGUGGUGGGGCAUUGCAAUACGGGAUGCCUUUCUGGUAGCAGUCACAUGGGGUAACGCGGCGUUUGGAUGGGUAUUGAAGUAUUUUGCACCCAGUUUUGGCGGAGACGGGUACAACUUGCCGGAAUAUGAUUGGGUGGAGUAG